AUGCAGGUCACUCUCACUUCAUUGAUGGCUCAGCGCGGCAUUGCAUCGUUCUUCAAGCGACCCGCUGGCGCCCCCGCGGCACCCGAGCCGGCUCCAGCUCCAGCUCCUAAAAUACAGCAGGCUAGCAAGAAUCCAGCGCCGGUCAAGGCGGUCGUCCAGCCAAAGCGGAUGCGGCUGAUCACAGACGACGAGAGCGAUGACGAGGACCAGACCUCCACGCUUGCGGAGGCUGCGCUUGAGGCGAGCGAUGCGCAAGACCGUGCUGCUGCUGAUGCUGCCGCUGCUGCUUCGGCUGCUUCGGCAGCGCCUGAGGUGCUUGGACGCGGUCGGUCGACCCGAGCCACACGCCGCCGAGCCGUUUCAGACGACGAGGAGGAAGAUCAAGCAGCCGCUCCCGUCAAGCCCACCGCUGCCCCAGCGCUUGCCCAAAGCAGCGUGCUUCACGACGACGCCGAGCAGACCCCGGCCACUGAGCACGACAGCUCAACGCCAAUGGAAGUCGAAGAACCCAAGGCCUUGCCUGCAAGUCCCGCCAAGCCGGCAUCGUCGACCGGCUUUGCAGUCGCUGCAUCAAAGUCCAACAAGGCGCAGAGCAUGAUGGAGUUUCUGGGAAAGAAGCCAGCGCCGGCUGCAGCUGCGGCCAAGUCGUCGUCGAGCAAGGACAAAUCGACCAAAUCAGCCCCUGCGACCAAACUCUCAGCAGCUCCGAACAGCCAUGCAUCAAAGUCGACCACUGCUGAAGCCAGUGCGGCAACCGCUAUGGACACGAGUGAUGCAGCUGCCCCAGCGUCAUCGCCACGUAAAGACAACCCGUCAGCCGCGACGGUCGCCGCCGCCGACGAAGACCAAGCCGCCGAGUCCCUGCUCGACAUGGACGCGCAAGACAUGAGUCAAGACGCUGCAGACCCUGUUCCUCAAGAGCUGCCCAAGCCAACGUCGUUCCUGUUUGGUGGCAAGCAGGCCGCCAAAGAGGUUGUCAUCAAUUACACUCCCGACGCUCCUGGGUACCAUCCCAUCAAGGAUGCCUUCUGGAAGCAGGAUGAGCUAGUUCCGUACGCCGCGUUGGCGAAGACGUUUGAAGCGAUCGGAUCCACCACAAAGCGCCUUAAAAUCAUUGAAACGUUGGCCAACUUUUUCCGAUCUGUUAUUAUUCUCUCACCGAAUGACCUCGUUCGAUGCGUUUACAUGUGCACCAACCGAAUUGCUCCUCCCUAUGAAGGCUUGGAACUCGGCAUUGGCGAAUCUCUUCUCAUGAAGGCCAUCGCUGACGCCACUGGCCGUGAUAUGCGCCGCAUCAAAGCUGACGCAGAAGCGAAGGGCGAUCUCGGCAUUGUCGCGAAAGAGUCGCGCAGCAGCCAAAAGACCAUGUUUGCGCACAAAACUCUGACUGUGGAAGCCGUGUUUAAGAAUCUGCGAGAAAUCGCCUCCAUGACCGGUCACAGUGUCAUGUCCAAAAAGAUUGUCAAGAUCAAGGCCAUGCUUGUUGCUUGCAAGGAGUCAGAGUCCAUGUUCCUCAUUCGUUCGCUCGCUGGCAAGCUUCGCAUCGGACUGGCCGAGCAGUCUGUUCUGGCGGCGCUUGCCCGUGCGAUUCUUCUCACCCCACCGCGCAUCAAUCCCGCGAAAGCUCAGGUCGUGGAUGCUAGCAAAUCCAUGAGCGAGGCCGACCUCGCAGCAGAGCUGGAGCGCGCCACCUUGGCCGUCAAAACUGUCUACUGCGAACUGCCAAAUUACGAUGUCAUCAUCCCAACGCUGCUUGAAGUUGGCUUGGAGGAGUUGCAAGUCCGAUGCACGCUGACACCUGGCAUCCCACUGAAGCCGAUGCUCGCCCAUCCCACGAAGGGUGUGUCUGAAGUUCUCAAACGCUUCGAAGGCAUGACGUUUACUUGCGAGUACAAGUACGACGGCGAGCGCGCACAGAUUCACAUGAAGGAAGACCGCGUCGUCAACAUCUACAGUCGCAAUUCGGAAAACAAUACUUCCAAAUAUCCCGACAUUAUUGAGCGCAUUCCCAAGUCUCUCAAGGACACUGUCAAGUCGUACAUUCUCGACUGCGAGAGUGUGGCCUGGGACACUGAAAAGAAGCAGAUUCUGCCCUUCCAAGUCCUCAGCACUCGAAAGCGCAAGGACGCGGAUGUCGCCGAGAUCAAAGUGCAAGUCUGCCUGUUUGCGUUCGAUCUGCUCUACCUGAACGGCGAGUCCCUUGUCAAACAGCCACUCAAACGCCGGCGCGAACUCUUGCGCGAGCACUUUGCAGAGAUUGAAGGCGAGAUCAUGUUUGCCACGUCCAUGGAUGGCACCAAUACCGAGCAGAUUGAGGAGUUCCUUGACCAGUCCAUCAAAGCUGGCUGUGAGGGUCUCAUGGUCAAGACUCUCGAGCAAGAGGCCACGUAUGAGAUUGCCAAGCGAUCCCACAACUGGUUAAAACUCAAGAAGGACUACCUCGACGGUGUCGGCGAUACGCUCGAUCUGGUUGUUAUUGGAGGCUACCGUGGCAAGGGCAAGCGAACCGGAUUUUACGGCGGUUUCUUGCUGGCUUGCUACGACGAGGAAAAUGAGGAAUACCAGUCCAUCUGCAAGAUCGGAACUGGGUUUAGCGACGAAGAUUUGCAGCGCCACUCGACCUUUUUCAAAGACCACGUCAUUUCUGGACCAAAGUCCUACUACCGUGCAGAUGACACACUGGCUCCUGAUGAUUGGUUUGACACGGUCCAGGUGUGGGAGGUUAAGGCUGCAGAUCUUUCCAUCUCUCCCGUCCACAAGGCUGCAGCUGGCUUGGUUGAUCCCGAAAAGGGCAUCUCCUUGCGCUUCCCACGCUUUUUGCGCAUCCGCGACGACAAAUCCACCGAGCAAGCGACAAAUGCGAGUCAGGUGGCCGACAUGUACCGCAGCCAACAGUUGCUCAACCAACAGGGCAAAGGCGCAGAAGACGAAGAAGACUUUUACUAG